UGCAAUACAUAAUAUACCGAUACGGCACUAAUAUGGAACAAUGCUGAAUUAACAGUUUAAAAGCAAUUGCAAUCUUAAUUUUACUUAAUUAAAGCACUGUCCAUAAAUAUUAUCAACAAAGUUGACCUAAAGUGUCAAAAUAAAGUCCCUUUUAUAUGUGGUGUAAUUAUAUUUCUGUAUUAUAUUAUUGGUUGUUUCGUUAAAAGAAUGCAAAAUGUUACUCUGAAUCGUAGAGGAUGAGAAUUUUAACGUAGAAUCAAUUGGAAAUAAUAAUAAAUAAAAUUCAAUAAGUAAAAUACAUAUACCUUAAAUUAUCCUCAAGUACAGCACUUGAGUAAAUGUUUUAGUUACUUCUCACCACGGAUGCAGCCCCCAAGUAGUUGGAUUGAAUACUGCACUACAUUGUCAUACAUUGAUAACAGCGACAUUAAUACAAUUAGUGAUGCGGAAAUAAAAACAAUUAGGUUAGUUUUAAAGGAUGAACAAAACUGGAAGUUUGACACAUUUUCCUUCAAAGUACGACAUCAACGUUGUCAAUAAGUUACAUUCAGCCUGCAGUUUAACUCCUUAUGCUAUGGAUAUCGGAUGUUUGCAUUCCUGAUACACACAGCUUAGAUUAUUUAAUUUCCUCCGCAGUUACGUUGAACUUUUAGUCAAAAUGUGCCGCUAUUCGCCAAUGCCCGUUUUAUUCUGAAAGUUUUGUUUGUUUGUAAAACACUUCCGGAUAACCUGGUUCUUCAACAAACCCAAACUAGCUAAGCGCUUACUUUUGAGAGCCGCGACUGGACAACGUCAAAAGUUAACUGAUGCACUUAAACCUUCUAGUAAUCCAUCAUGGCAUAAAUCAGAUCGAGAGAACCGGAAACGUCGACUGAAUGCAAAGCGGUGUGGACCUGACAGUAGCGCUUCUUCCUGUUUCGUGCUAAGACAAUUCACCGGCAGGUGAACUUUUUCCUCCGCUUACUCAGCGUCGGACGUCCGGAGUUGUUUCGCAAGAUGACGCGAACAGAUUACUUUAAAAUGAUCUUUCAAGUGUUCAAAGACUCGGUUCCCGUCGUCACGAGCGGGAUUCUGACCGUGGUUUUUCUGUCGUGCGUUUUGUUCGGCGUCCAAAUGUAUUUCAACUUCCCUCUGGGGGUCCUCAGCGUCGGGGCCACCGUGUUUCAGAACGGACACCUCCACCGGCUGGUGACGUACCCCUUCUACCACCAGACCUCCGCCCAGCUUCUCCUGAACGUCACCGCGUUGGUGUUCCUCAGCGGCAGUUUGGAGAAAGGGGUCGGCACGGUGCGCUUCCUGUUCUCGUUCUUCCUGCUGUCGACCACCACUGGCUUGUUCUACAGCUUCCUGGAUCUUCUGCAAAGUGACGGCGGCCAGAGUCCCGCCGAGGGGCUGGUUCCCGUGACCCUGGCAUGCGUGGCUCUCACCACCAUGCACACCAAAAUGACCAAAGGAUUCCUGUGCGGAGUCACCUUCCCCACCAUGGCCCUCCCUUGGUUGCUCCUCAUCGUCACCACGGUCCUGGUUCCCCACAGUGUGCUCCCCUGUAACAUCGUGGGCAUCCUGGUCGGGUGGCUGUAUGGCAAAGGGUGGCCGUCUCUUCUGAACAUGUCGGAGGCCAGGGCGGGCGCUCUGGAGAAGACGGCGCCUUUUCGGUGGUUGAGGCGCAUCAGAGGAGUGAUGUUUGUCUCUGCUUCCGUAGAGGAGAGGAGGAAGACCCUCCUUCCACAUAUCAAUCCAACACCCGGGUCCUACCCGGUUCAGGCUUACGCUCCAUCGUCCAGCGUUAGCACUGCCAACAACCGGGCCGAUAUUUACGAAGGCUGGCCGAAAUCGACCAGUGCUUUGUCCGGUCCCACGCCGCCUAUCAACCCUCACAGGCAUGGCUCCCCGCAUAGCUCUGGGCACAGUCAAGGGCAUCCUUUAGAGCAGAGUUUUGGCCAAAGCUGCAACCACAACCAUAGUGAUGGUCAUGGUCACAGUCACAACCAUAGUGAUGGUCACAGUCACAACCAUAUUGAUGGUCACGGUCACAACCAUAGUGAUGGUCAUGGUCACAACCAUAUUGAUGGUCACGGUCACAACCAUAGUGAUGGUCACGGUCACAACCAUAGUGAUGGUCACAGUCACAACCAUAGUGAUGGUCACAGUCACAACCAUAGUGAUGGUCAUAGUCAUGGGUACGACCAUAGUGAUGGGCAUGCUCAUAGUCAUGGUGAUGGUCAUGGGCAUAGUCAUGGUGAUGGUCAUGGGCAUAGUCAUGGUGAUGGUCAUGGCCAUAGUCAUGGUUAAAUAGGAUUGCCAAUCCUAUAUUUUUCACAUGUGGGCCCUUGAGUUGUCUGAAAUGUCAAACGCUUGGACUUUAAAGCUGACUUUGCUCGUAGGCUUCUAGCGUUGGCCUGGAUGUAGUAUAUUUUUUAUUCUCAGUGUUUAGGUGUUACAGCUGACUUUUGUAAAUACAUUUCUUUUGUACACAUUUCCCCAUGUUUCUACAAAUAAAGCAUGGUGGGCAAAACAUAAAACAUCGAUAUUUUUUUUUUAUCUGGCUGCUCAGGGAAUGAUGCAACACGCACAGAAUGGAUGUCAUAGAACUGUCAUCUAGUUUGAUAGAUUUUCUAGCUGUGGCUUAACUCUUGCUUCCAUCAUCAGCUCUAAAAAGAAAGGGGGAAAACGACUGCUAAAUCUAAAAUCAAUGAUGGCAUUAACCAGCCAUGAGCCGGCUCACUUCUUCCUAAUUUCUAAUACAUGUUUUGGUUGUUCCCGGGUAGCGUCAUUGACUCGAUUGAUAUUAUACCCUGAUAGCAGGAUGUACACCAAUACAACAAUCUAAAUGGAAUCACAACAAUCAUACAACAGUUUAUUUAAAAGCAACAACCUCUGUGCAUGUAUGAAAAUAUAGAAAUACUGUCUGACAGUUUGUUUUUCUUCGGAAAAAAUUAAUAAAUCAAUGACAAUGUUAAAAGGUCUUACAUAUACAUCUUACCCCCCUCCAACAUUGAAAAGAAAAUGUGUAUGUAAUUGGUAUUAAGUAGAUAAUACCCAAGCAGCACUAUCUUGCAA